AAACACACACAGGUAAGUAGCGCUGUUAAUUAACUAAUUUAGGUUUGUACAAAAAUGUUUCUUGACAUAUGUUUGUCUCGGGUGGCAUAUAUCUAAAGUUAAGGUUAACCUAGUUCUGUGUUUCUUAGCAGCCACAGCUAAAUACUCUGGAGUCCUACACGUGUGCUUCAGAAUCCAAUGCAUAAUGAGCCACUUGUGUGGCAGGGCUGUAUCGGACAAAGAAAAGAUCUUGAAUGUUUUCACCAAGCAGUUAAAAAUCACAGAUAAAAACCCCUGCUCGGUGGACAGAUUAACUGCAGACUGUAAAUGUUUAAAACAUUACAGUAAGACCGAUGUGCACCACAAAAUGAAACGACUGAGGAGCCGCAAGGAGAGGAAUCAGAAGAGACCAGGUGGGAAAGAAGCCUCAAAGUCCAAAGCCCAUCACCAUCCUCACUGCCAUAGCCAAAUAAGCAAAGACGUGACAUAUUUCCAGAACUGCUGUCCUUGUGCUACAAGGAGAAAUGCACUGUUUCCAAAUAUCAUUCCUGUUGCACAAGAGCCCAGUAUAAUCACAGACAGUCGCCUGAUAGGUCACCAUGGUCUGUUCAACCAUGAGGUAAAGUCUAUCGACAUAGAACGCUUGUUAAGCGAGCAGAGGAAACGAGGGACAAGUGGACAGCAAGGACGAGAAAAGAACACUUCUACUUCACAUCCAUCUUCAACAUCUCGCGUUCCUUCUCCGUUCUUCACUAAAGAUGUGUUGGGUACUGAUACUGCUGAGGUUCUUCCAUUUGAAAAUAAAUCUGCUCGUGGUGAUUGCCACAAGACAGAGAUGCACAUCAGUCAGGGAUCAGAUAUUACACCGGGGCAGAGACCGCAGCAACAGAUCGAUAUUUCAUCUGAACAUUUUAAAAGCAUCUUGUCAUUUAAACGCAGCUCCUGCGACGUAGAGAUAAACAAGAGCAAGAAAACGAAACCCCUCAUGUCUGAACCGUGCAGAGAGUCCCUGCUGACUCCCACUGUUGUCAAAGAAACCGUGAACGGGAAGGCAAAGCGAGACAUGGUUUCUCCUGUGGAGCAGGCCUCGACGAACCAGGAGUCCCCGGUCCACCAAACAGAAGCUCGGGGGCUCAGCCCGAGCCCAGUGCAGCUCUCCAGCUCCCACACUGUUGACGGCUUUGACCUACAGCAGAGAAGCACAGAAGCCCGCUGUGCAUCUGAGUCUGUCAGUGCAGUGGCAGCAAGUUUGUGUGACAGUCUGCAGUUCCCACUUCUGAGGAGAAGAAACCUGGUGGCAGAGAGCAGGGAGGUGCUGUUGAAAGCUCUGCGGGAGAGGCAUGGACCCCGGCUUCAGGAGAACCUCCUCGAGGUGCAGCGAGGCUUCGGUGUUGAGCCAACGAAGAAAGUCCAGGAUCACGAGCCAACGACGAGGGAUGUGCUCCUGUCUCCAGGUGCAACAGCAUUUGAAGCCGACACGGCGAGUCAGCCAUGUUUCGAUACCCAGAAAACCACAUCUUUCAAAAUGAUGGGCAGUAGACCUUUUAACUGGAAGUCCAAGGCAAAGCCACAGCAACUCCUUCAGCAGGUAACGUCUGCUGAAUGGUCGACGAGCCCGAUAGAAACCUCUGUCGGCCUUGUGGAUGACAUCCUCAGACCUACUUACGCUCCUGAGUUCUGCCUGGACUUUGAGCUCUUUGGAGGCACAGCCAGUGAUCAUUUGUUCUCUCCCACCUCAUGCUGGGAAGAAAAAGCCUCAGUAUCUCAACACUGGGAUGACAUUUUCAACAAGCCAAAGAACAACAAGACUGUUACGUUUGAUCCCUUUGAAAACAGCUUUUUGAACCACACCAGAGCAGCACUAGAGCGGAGCAGUGGGUCUCAAUACAGUGGCGCCAACACCCAGCCUUUCUUUCCUUCUCCAACACUGCUGCCAUAUAGACACUCUGCAGAGCCAAUGCACUUUCCCCAGGAGAAAGACCCGUUUGAAACGGACAGAUACUCUCAUGUUCCCUCCUUCUCUGCCCAAAUUCAACAUCCUCUGCAGAGCUUUCAACGUUUGAGCCAAUUCGGUCAUCCUUCAGCGUGCCCUCCCCUCAGGUCCCACCACACUGACAUGAUACAUUACCCACCAUCUCACACCCUGGAAAGAGACUUGGCAGCUCCCCUUUCUUCUUUCCCAAGCCCUGGGCACUGGUCCUUCCCUCCUAUGAGACUGUACUAAUGUGUUUUAAAGCUCUGCAUAGAGACGUGCUUGUGAACAUUUCUUUGGCUUGUAAAAAAUUAAAAAUGCUCUUAAUUCAUA